AAAAAGGUUAUAAACAAUCAAGGUGUCCAUUCUUGUUGCAGUGUUGGUCCGAAUUUCUAGUUUUUGUGAGCGAUGUAGACUGGUGUAGUAUGAUAAAAGUUAAACCUACUGUUAUUUUUUUAUAUCUGUGUUUGAAUUAGGUAAGAAUUCUAGUGUGAAUGAAGAAGCCUACUUACAUUUUUCUUGGAUCCUGAUAUGAGAAUACAGAAAUGUAUCUACUAGUGUUAUUGGCUUUUGGACUGACGAUGGCUUCAGAGGAUGAGCAGCAAUACUGCGGGGCUCGCUACACACACCUAUGUCUCGGGAAAGGAACACACGUAGCCUGCCAGUUUCCAGUGGCUGGAUCAGGACCAAACUGCGCAAACUACUCUAAGAUACGUUUCACCGCUGAACUCAGAAAUGUCAUCACAAAUUUUAUAAACAAAAGACGGCAAAGGAUAGCGGCAGGCCACGAGAGAGUGCGGGGAGGCAAGCACAUACCUACUCCACAAGUCAUGAUGUAUGUUGAAUGGGAUUUCGAGUUAGCGAGACUUGCUCAAAGACUGGCUGACCAGUGCUACUUUGUCCAUGAUGACUGCAGAGCGACUGUCCGGUACCCGUACGCCGGCCAGUCUGUCGGCGAGGUCCGGUGGCGCCACCUAAGUGACAACUACGACCUGAGCGCCCAGCGUGGAAUCCGUCGCGUGUUCGACGCCUGGUGGGGGGAGCGGCGGCGCGUGGAACCGCAACAGCUGGUCAAGCCUUUCAGGAUCACUGACAAAGGUCUAUCCUGGGGUCACUUCAGUCAGCUAGCCGUGUGGACGCUACGAGCGGUCGGUUGCGGAGCCGUCCGUCACGGAGAAGAAUAUCCGCGACUCCUACUCGUCUGUGACUUCUCACACACCAACAUGCUGGGAGAAAAGACGCUCAUACCAGGUGAGACGGCGCCUUGCCCGGAGCAUACGAGAAGGAAAGCUCGCUCGAACUUCCCGCUACUGUGCGCUUCGGAUGAAAACCCAGCCGAAAUUAAUAUGCGAAGAAAAAACUACGAGGAUAUAUCAAGGAAAAGGCAAAAUAUUCCAUUACGAAAGCGAAAACCUCCUCUACGAAAGCAAAUUACUCCAUUGCCAAGGAAGAGCACUCCGUCUCCGAAGCAGAAUAUUGAAACAAGGAACCAACAUAAACAGUUACUAGAUGCGGCGGUGAGCUUAGUGAUAGAUAACAAAAAGAAAAUGGAUUCGCCCUUUCGAAAAUACAUUGGAGAAAUAUUAGAACAAGUCGCGUCUCCACAGCGAGAAAUAGCCGAAAAGCUUUUCUCUGACGUGCUUUUUCUCGCCAGAACAAAUAGAUUAAACUUUGAAUCAAAAAUACAAGUUAAUCAUAGUGAAGAUCAUCACAACCAUGUUCCGCAUUUAAAUAUCCCUCCCCAUUACCUACAACCUCAAUUAUCGCCCGAAGUUGUCCAUCAGUCACCUAACUCCAAUGACCACAGUCUAGCGCCUCACGUGCACUACCGUUACAAUCAUGCUGCACGAGUUAUGCAACAAGCUUCUUCACCUGAAGUAUCUCCAUCUAUUAAUCACAAUCAAACUCAACCUGUACAUUCUUUGCCAUCCUUUGAUUCCACGCCUAUUACCACACAUCAACCUUUGGAUUACUCGCAAUCCUUUGAUACCUGCCGAGUCAUAUAUCAUCACACACAGGCGACUCAGACACCGACUCCAGCGCAAACGAAUACUCCGCUAGUCACCUAUCCCUGUCAUAUUCCUAUCACCUGUCCAAUUCAUCACACACGGUCACCUCUAACACCCACUCAAACACCAAUACCCAAUACCUCGCAAUCUGUUCAUCUCUGGGAAAAAAAACUUAAUACCUAUUUAACUCAUCACAACCAGCCAUCUCCGACGAGGGAUUAUCAACGCGUGUCUUUUUCCUAUUCAACUCAACAUUUCACAUUUUUUCCGACUCCGACUCAAACGCCAGCCCCGCAAGCCUCGCUAACCCUUCAUCACUCCCGAAUUAUGCCGAGUAGCAAACCAGUAUUCGAGCCACCAACAAUUCCGGCUCAAAUGCAAUUUCCGCAAACCUCGCCCUCACUAUCUCUUUAUCUCCCCCAAACUACACCUAGUAGCCGUCCAGCCUUCAAGUCAACGUCGAUUCCUACAUUUCAUAUGUUCCAAGCCAAACCCACCAAAAUACCUGGUUACUUCCAAACAUCGACUCGGCGAUCUCCAGAUGGUCCUCCAUACUUCCGUCCCUUACAAUACACGACUACGUCGCCUCGCGAAAUAAUAAGAUUUCCGAUUCACAGCAAACACAAAUCGUUUCUUCCUAUUUUAUCCACAUAUUCUUCCUUUUAUAGCCUAGUUUCAGAUCCUCUAAAAACGCGAAUCCCUUACGUUCAUGUACCUGAAUCUAAAUUGUUUGAAGCUACCACCGAAAGUUCUGACGAAGACGACGAUGUGGAGGAAAAGCCAAAUGUUCUCGACGAUAUGAUCGUGUAUUCGGAUCCAGUGCAUGAAGUGUUUAAAAAAUUGUCGAUUGCUUAAAAUAAAUUA